AUGUCAAACUUGUUUUCAUCAAAAAGAUGCACCGCUGAUGAAGCAUUCUCAAAGUUGCCAGUUGUUGAUGUCACCGAAUCAAUUCCCUUGGGUGCAGACUCCAACAGGUACAAUAGUUCCAACUAUUCUGAGACUUUUAGAAAUAAAGCCCAUCCUCAAUAUUUGAUAGAUUCGAUACACCCAGACUUGAGCACUCAUCCGAAAUUAUUCAACCAUGCUGCUAAGCUUUAC